CCAGUCCUCGCAGGCCGCCAGGCCCCCUCCAGCCGGGGCCGUGGAGCACCGGGGCAAAGGCCGGGGCCCCCCCAUGAAGGAGCGCGACGCGGCCCCGGCCGAGCGGGGCAAGCCGGCCACUUACACCGGGGACAAGAAGGCGAAGAUGGCGGCCAAGACCAACAAGAAGUGGGUCCGGCUCGCCACCGUGUUCGCCUACGUGCUCUCCGUGUCGCUGGCCGCCAUCGUGCUCGCCGUCUACUACAGCCUCAUCUGGCAGCCGGUGGGCGCCGGGACCUCGGGGGGAGCGGUUGGCCCGCCCCCCGGCGGCUCCAACGCCACCGGCCCGUCCGGGACUUCGGGGGCGGCUACGGCGGAGCCCAACGCCACGGGGUCGUCCCGCCGCGAGGCGCCGCGCGACGCGCCCCCACUGCAGGCAGCACGGCCCUUGCCUCCCGAGCCCUCUGUCGAUACCCCCCUGGCCCGGCCGCUAGAGCGGCCGCAGGGGCCCGAGGAGGAGGCUGAGGAAGAGGCGGCAGGGCCCGGGAGUCGUUGAACCCCUCCGCGCCAGGGGCUGCCGGGAACCAUCCUCCCCAAGCCGGAGACGGACUUUGCAGCAGGACCGGGCAGGGAGCCCGCGGGAGUGACCCCCCCCGCAGGAGUGAACGCCCCCCUUUCCUCCAGACGAUCGACAACUCGCCCCACGGGCCAGUGACCUGCAGCUCGACCUUCUGCCAAGGGACCACGAUUCACCAGGGGCUCCGGGUUUGGUCUUCCCUGGACUGUGCUGCGGCCAGGGCCCUGAGCCGUUAGGGGAAUGGGGGUGGGGGGGGAGCACUGAACCCUUCUGCUCACUCGCUCUUGUGUAUCCUACGUUCAGGGGUGACUCGGGGGCUCUCCCCCAAGACUCAGGGGAAGGAGGGGAGUGGUAGGGGCUCUUUAAUAAGCUGAAGCCUCUCUCAAGGAAGAGGGCAUCAAAAGUAGUGGAGCUCAGGUACGUCAACCUAGUUGCAGUGGCCACAGAUGCAUUUAAUUUAUAGAUCCCUGUAUAUAGUUGUUGACAUAUGCACCAGAAGCUAUAAUUACCUAGAACUAUGUGUAUCUUCCCACACCCUGGGUAGCUACUGACUAAUGGGGUCAAGCAAUGGCUACUUGCUUUCCCCUAAAGUGCAGCUAGUCAGAAGGGCACAAACACUUUUGUUUUUGGUUUUGUUUUUCUCAUCAAUCACCCACUCUUUCCCCUAUCCCCUCUGGUAUUUCAGAGAUAGGUUUAUGACACAAAAGAAUAUGAUCAAUCUGAGACUUCUGGAAAGGACGGUGGAGAACCUUAGGAGAAGCAGUAGCAUUUCAGGGAGGGUGGGGAAUGUGCUGAUCCCUCCUCUUCCCACCCUUUGCCCCCACUGAAAGGCUUUCUGUUGCAGCCCUAAGUGUCUGGAUUUGGGCCAGAGACAAGGAAGGGAAAGAGCAAUGCCUCUGUGCUUCAAUUCUUGGCCUUCUCCUCAACAUUCUUUUGGGAAGAGCAAGCUUUUGUAAGUAGAGUGGAUCACAAGUGUUCUCUCCCUCCCUGCCUCCUGCUGCUUCUCAAGAUCUUGUCUUGUUCCUGUAAUCACCCUUGACUUCCCUCUGUCCUAAGCCUGUAGUGAUAAUGUAGCCCUGCGAUUAGGAGGAAAUCUGUUGUGGAACCAGAGCUUUGAAUACAUCCUCAGGCUGAAAAGUGGACUUCAAACUCCGGACUGUUGUGUUGCUAGCCAGUUAACAGAUCCAUAUGGGAAGGUUGAAUUGGCUUGUCUUUACCUCUCCUGACAUACCCACUUAUAUGCUGCCUGUACAUUUAUUGAAAUGAGAAACAUCAAGGGAAAAGACAUGUAUACCUCUGGGGCAGCAAGAAUUAUACAUCUUCAAUUUGGAUUCCAUUUCCUUCUGCCACUGGCUUUUAGGCAAUUGAGUGUGGGUAGUGACAAGAUAUCAAACCCCGUAGUGUUUCCUUUUUGGGAAAUGAGGCACUUGAAAAAAAAAAAGACAAAAACUUAUCCACCUGAGUCUUGAAACAGUUUGUCUCUCCAGUUUUCUAGCCGACACUCUAGUUAGUGCUGAUCCGAGUUUAUAGGACAACAGCUUGCCCUAAGCCAUGUCCUGUUGUGGGCAAGAUAAUGGCAGCUGAGCUGUCAUAGCCUAGGGGCAGCUGGUAGCACCCUCAAGGUGUCUUGGCUGGCGAUUUCUGAGCAGCUGACUUGACUGUGGUCAUUCGGAAGCCUUUGAGGCCUUUUUAAUUUUUUGGUGAGGACCUGGGGAAAGAAACAUAAAAUGCCACUUUAUAACUCAAUAACAGCCUGUAAUUUAUAUUUAUUGUGUGGAUUUUUAGUCUAUAUUUUAAUAAUUUGUAAAUUGAACUCUUAUUCCAAGAACCCUUUGAAUUUUCAGGAGAACAUCUGGGAGCCCAGUCCCCUCUCCCGACCUGACCCCUGCAUUCUGGACUGUAAAUCCACUUGGGAUGGAUCAAAGUCUAGAGAGACCACUCCUAGGGCCAGCUGCUGGCCUCCUGACUCUCUAAAGCCUUCACUGGAAUUGGGACACUAGCUCCAGCUCUAGCUGUGAAAAUGACCAGAGACGUUAUUUAUAAUUCAGCCAUUUAAGAUAUACCUGUACUCAAAAAGUCCUGUAUAUUUUUUAAAAGUUUUAUUUUUCAGGUGAACAAAAAAUACAUUCUAAGAACUCU